AUACAAUUAAUUUUGAAAUAUCAAUAAAUUGAAAUACUACUUUCUACAUCUUCUGUGCUUAGCCAGUUCUUGAACUAAACACUUAGGUUGUUGGUAAUCUCAGGUUGUCCCUCUCCAUCCGGGUUGAUGAGGUUGUAGGUGGUUUCCCUGGGUUUGUUAAGCAAAUGGUCUCCCUGGCUUUGUUGAUGUAGGCGGAGGUGGUUUGUCAGGCUUUGUUGAUGUGAGUGCAGAUGUUUUCUCUGGCUUUGUUGAUGUGGGUGUAUGUGGUUUGUCUGGCUUUCUUGAUGUGAGUGCAGAUGGUUCCUGUGGCGUUGUUGGUGUAAGUGUAUGUGGUUUGUCUGGCCUUAUUGAUGUGGGUGCAGCUGGUUUUUCUGGCUCUGUUGGUGCGGGUGUAUGUGGUUUGUCUGGCUUUGUUGAUGUGAUUGUUGGUGCGGAUGGCCCCUCUGGCUUUGUUGGUGUUGGUGUUGGUGCAUGGGGUAUGUCUGGCUUUGUUAGUGUGGUAUGCGGUUUCUCUGGUUUUGUUGAUGUGACUACAGAUGGUUUCUCUGGCUUUGUUGAUGUGGGUGCAGAUGGUUUCUUUGGCUUUGUUGGUGUGGGUGCAGGUGGUUUUUCUGGCUUUGUUGAUGUGGCUGCAGCUGCUUUCCCUAACUUUGUUGAUGUGGCUGCAGGUGGUUUGUCUGAAUUUGCUGAUAUGCGUGCAGGUGAUUUCUCUGGCUUUGUUAAUGUGGCUGCAGCUGGUGUGUCUGGCUUUGUUAAUGUGGCUGCAGCUGGUUUGCCUGGCUUUGUUAAUGUGGCUGCAGAUGGUUUCUCUGGCUUUGUUGAUGUAGCUGCAGGUGAUUUCUCUGGCUUUUUUAAUGUGGAAGCAGCUGGUUUCUCAGGCUUUACAUUUGUUGAUCUAGCUGCAGGUGGCUUGUCUGACUUUGUUGAUGUAGCUGCAGAUGGUUUCUCUGGCUUUGUUGUUGAUGUAGCUGCAGGUGGUUUGUUUGGCUUUGUUGAUGUGAUUGUAGCUGGUUUCUCUGACUUUAUUGAUGUGAGUGCAUAUGAUUCCUCUGGCUUUGUUGGUGUGGGUGUAUGUGGUUUGUCUUGCUUUGUAGAUGGGGGUGAUAUCUUUACCUUUGGUGAUUUGGAUGCAGAUGCAGAAGCAUUUGUUGAUGUGGGAGCAUCCACUCCCUCUGUUUGUGUACAUGUGAUUGUAGUCAAUCUCGUUCUGUCAUCUCUCAAUUUAGAACACGGCUCAGAAAAGAGAUCUUUAUCACCAUGGAAUAUCUUAUUCCAAAAAAAGUAA